AUGCGUGCGCCGGCACGGGAGUUAUACGUGCUCUGGUUAUUCUGCAUCACAGUGUUUGCGUUCAGCCUCUGGGCGAUAGCUUCACCCAGCUCCUUCGCCAAUGCUGUCAAACUCCUUGGAAAUCCAACACUAAAGGCCUUGCUGCCAGAGGAAGCUCUGUCCUUACAGGCGGGGGUCGGUGUGGCGCUACUGUCCGGCUUCUUCUUCUUCAUAUCGUAUAUGGGCUUCUAUGGCGCUCUCACUGGCUCACAGUUCCUGCUUUUCAUGUACGCCACGCUGGUAAUCCUACUGUUGCUACUGGAGUGUGCCGUCAUGUACUACAUCUCUUCCGAUUUAGCCGAGGUAGUCGGUACACUAACCGCGUGCCGGCAGUUCGCCAUUGGAUUCGUGCAUCAGUCGUGUCGCUCAAUAAGAUCACCCCCAGAGAGCAUAGAACCACCAUGGUCUUGUUGUGCAGAAGCCUAUCCCAAGAACUGCACAUUCGAGCAAGUUUAUACGGUGGGUUGCCACAAAGCGAUCGUUACCUGGCUAAAUCGUUACGAAACUCCGAUUUACAUUUGCCUCGCGACAUUCCACGUAUUGUUGUCGCUCUGCUCACUCCUACGGCGAGCUUUCAGUGCGUCGCACUCUUACACCUAGCGAUCGCAGCGCCUAUCUGGCGCAACAACAUCACCUCCGAAGCAGAGGGCGUGGAGGUCGCGCGUAACGCCAAG